AAAAAAAAAAAAAAUGGCCUCUCUUGGACUUGGUGGGCCUCUUAUUUACGGAAAUGCCCCUCUUGGAAGCAUGCAGAAUCGGCGUCGACGUACUCCUCCGCGUUUGGCUUGCCACGUCGCCGGUAAAACGACGUCGGCGGAGGCUGUCGUCGUGCGUCGGUCCGGAAACUAUCGGCCUUCUGUAUGGGACGAGAACUAUAUCCACUCUCUCGAGAACAAAUACGCCAAACAGAGUCAAUUCCAAGAUAGAGCCAAGUUGUUGGAGGAACACGUGAGGAACAUGCUGGAUGGAACCGAAGGUUCUCUCAAACAGCUCGAGCUCAUCGACACUCUGCAAAGGCUCGGACUUUCGCAUCAUUUUGGUCGCGAAAUCAAAAGUAUCUUACAGAAAAUAUACACCGGAAGACAAGAAAACGACACAAGGACUCCGAAAACUGAAGAUUUACAUGCCAUUGCCCUCGAAUUUCGUCUUCUUAGACAACAUGGCUUUACCGUCUCACAAGAUGUUUUCGAUGUCAUCAAGAACGAGAAGGAAUAUGAGACAUUUAUAGAGGAUUUAGAUGAUAGUGUCAAAGGCCUGCUCUCUCUGUACGAAGCUUCGUAUUUAUCGACAAAAUCAGACACCAAACUGAAGGAGAUUCGGUCUUAUUCGACGAAGAGACUACGGGAUUUUAUGAUCGAAAGUGGAAAAAAUGAUGAGAAUGAAUCAUAUAUUCAUGAGAUGAUGGUGCGAUCAUUGGAGAUGCCGUACCAUUGGAGAACAUCGAGGUUAGAAGCAAGAUGGUACAUAGAUGUCUACGGAAAGACAAAGGACAUGAACCCUCUUCUGCUAGAAUUCGCCAAGCUUGAUUUCAACAUCACACAGGCUUCUUACCAAGAAGAUCUCAAAGACGUUUCCAGGUGGUGGAGCAACACAGGACUGAAAAAACUUCAUUUUGCGAGAGAUAGAAUACUUGAGAAUUAUUUCUGGACCGUAGAAUUAUUCCAUGAGCCUGAAUUUGCGUACCAUCGGCAAAAGCAUACCAUUGUCAAUGCGUUAGUUACAACCAUUGACGAUAUCUACGAUAUUUACGGAACCAUCGAAGAACUUCAGCAAUUCACCGAGAUCAUUCGAAAGUGGGACGUGAAUCUUCUCGACGAACUUCCAGAGUAUAUGAGGUCGUGUUUUCUGGUGCUGUACAACGAGACCAAUCAGAUCGGACACGACAUUCUUAGAGAUAAAAAGUUUAAUGUCAUCCCUUACCUGAAGAAAGCCUGGGCAGACUUGGCGGAUUCAUAUCUAAAAGAAGCAAAGUGGCAUAAGAGUGGAUACAAACCUCGUUUCGAAGAGUACAUUGAAAACGCAUGGAUCUCAAUCAGUGCGCCUGUUAUAUUGACUCACACUUACUGUAUAUUGUCCGACCGGAUCUCCAAGGAAACCUUUGACACUAUCUCCGAAAACAGUGACCCCAUUGUCCGAUCCUCCUCCGUCGUCCUUCGUGUCGCCAAUGAUUUGGGCACUUCGCCGGAUGAGCUGGCGAGAGGGGACGUACUGAAAUCCAUGCAGUGUUACAUGCAUGAGACGGGAGCUUCGGAGGAGGAGGCACGUGAGCACAUGACCACGGGAGUGAUCAGCGAUGCAUGGGACGAAAUGAACUAUAACAUAACGGCACGUGGUUCUUCAGUCGAUAGCCGGUUCUUCGGAGUAGCGCUUGAUCUGGGACGAAUGGCGCAGUGCAUGUACCAAUACGGCGACGGCCAUGGUUGCCCUGAUAUCGCGUUGACCGUUGACCGUGCCCAUUCUUUGCUCUUCGACCCCGUUCCACUCGAUUAACCUAUGUUUUGAGUGUUGAUUUUGUACACGUGUUUCAACGGAUUCCGUCGCCUUCUAAACCUUUUGGACUGUUGUAACGUUUGGGUGCAAUAAUUAAACCAUGGAAUCCGGGUAAAGGGUUUCACACUAUAGCCAAGAUAUUAUAUAUGGGUUUAUAA